AUGAUCGAUUAUGGUCAUUUCUAUGCAACAACGGCAAAUGUUCGAUUCGAUACAAAACAGGAAGAGGAGAUUGAGUAUCACUCGGACACCGAAAGUUUAAAUGCUUCUUUAUGGACCCAUAGACCUGAUCCAUCACUUGGAUAUGGAGAUAUGACCACUGGAAGUAACCUGUACAAAGUUUUGAAGAAAUUUCUCAACAAUAAGAAAACGCCAAUAUGCGGAUCCCUAGUGUUCAUUGCAGUAAAACGGUAUCCCGAUGAGUCUGAUGUAUCCGAUAUCAUCACCCAACUACGGGAAAAUCAUAUACUUGUGCACAUUGCUGUUGACAGUAUCCCAUCGGGUGGUUCCAAUUCUGCAACACUCUACGAAAUGUCCUAUCAAACCAAUGGAUACUGUGCUUUUGCCACCGGCAGUGAUCUUCAAUAUGCUUUUGACUACAUGAUCUGGAUACUUGAUUUUCCUUACCAAUUCAUUGCUCAAAACUUUGUCGUUUCUGGAUCUGGUCGAAUCGAAAUACCGGCAUUCAAAGCUCCUGUUCCACCACCGGGUUAUACAGAUUAUUGCUUAAUUGCAAUAACUGUUCAAAACCACACACUUGACAAUUUAUUCGGAUCUGUGAAUUAUACGAUUGAGAGCACCGAUGGAUCUUAUGUUCAUAAGUUUCCGGGUGUCCCUCUUUAUGGAACUGCACAAACAGGUUCCGUGAAAUUGAACGAAUCCCUCUCAUACAAUUGGAAAAUUGACUACCAUUACAAUACAGAUGCACCACAAAUCAUUGAAUGCAGAAUGUACAGUCCCCCGGUCAAAUGUCUUCCAUAUCAGAGGAACACUAUUCUGUUCGCGUAUUCCACUGAAACCGACCGUCAUACAUAUGAUAUUGGUGUCUCUUGGAUUACAUACGAUGCUCGGUACUAUACAUCACUGGCAUAUGUUCGAUUCGAUACAAAACAGGAAGAGGAGAUUGAAUAUUACACGGAUGAACGUAGUUUCUCUGAUUCUCUACACUCCCAUCAACCGGAUCCAUCACUUGGAUAUGGAGAUAAUACUACUGGUAGUAACUUGUACAAUGUAUUGAAGAAGUUUCUCAAUAAUGGGAAGGUUUCAUUAUGCGGAGCCGUCGUGUUAAUAGCGGUAAAACGAUAUCCAGAUGAGUCUGAUAUAUCUGACAUCAUAUCCCAACUACGAGCCAACCAUGUACUCGUGCACAUUGCAGUCGACAGUAUUCCAUCAGGCGGUUCCAAUUCUGCAACAUUAUUUGAAAUGUCAUAUCAAACCAAUGGAUACUGUUACUUUGCCACCGGCAGUGAUCUUUCGAUGGCUUUUGAGGAUAUGACCCAAAUACUUCAACAUCCUUACCAAUUCAUUGCUCAAAACUUUGUGGUUUCUGGAUCGGGACGGAUCGAACUACCGGUACUCGACACUCCUUCACGAAUGGUUCUUUUAGGCUAUUGUAUAUUUGCAAUAACUGUUCAAAACCACACACUUGACAAUUCAUUUGUAUCAAUGAGUCAUACUAUUGAGAAUACUGAUGGAUAUAUUGUUUAUAAAUAUCCGAGUCCCUACUUUUCUUCUCAUCCUCUUCGUGGAACUGCACAAUCACAUGACAUUAAUUGCCCAGGCAACUCAUCCAAAUGGACAGUAGACUAUAAUUAUAACACUGACGCACCACAAAUCAUUCAAUUAAGAAUGUACAGUAGAUUUUAUCACGACUUCCUUCCACUACCACCUUCUUGA